GUUUAAAAUAUUUUAAAAAAUAAUGUGUAUUUACCAUUUUUGUCGUGUACCGCGUAACGAGUGGGUGGAUCCAUUUUUCAUAAAGUUGAAGUUUCCAUGUUUUUAUCGGCCGACCAGAUGAAAGUCGCGGACUGUUUGAGGAUUCGAACAAAACCCCAUUACUCCUAAACUACAGGGGAAGGUUUUUAUUGACUCUUCUAUGCAACAUUGUGGCUGAGAAUGAUUCUGUCUAGGGUUUGGACUAGGGAACCAUAUACUUUACUUCUAGUACUCCAUGUGAAACAUAGGCAGUUUUAUAAUAUAUUAUAAAACAAGAAAUCACCAAAAGUUGCAUAAUUGUUCGGAGCUCAGGAUAAGUACAACAGUAGCCAAAACGAUGGCCUGUGAGGAGAAGACUCUGGAAAUGGAUAUGCUCAUCAGCCCACGGGGCAAGGGAAAAGGUGGAUUCCUGGCUUGCAUGUUUGUGUUUGUGUUGGGGACCUUUGAGAAUAUAGGAUUUGUAGCUAACAUGGUGACCAUGGUUCUGUAUUUUAAGAUUGUGAUGCACUUUGAUCUAUCUGCUUCUUCAAAUACUCUCACGAACUUCAUGGGUUCAGUUUGGCUUCUCUCACUCUUGGGAGGCUUCAUUUCAGACACUUUCUUAAACCGACUACAAACGUGUCUGACAUUUGGAACAUUCGAAGUACUGGGUUUAAUAAUGGUUACUAUUCAAGCUUACGAUAAAAGCCUGCAUCCUGAUCCUUGUGGCAAGUCAAGUUGUGUCAAAGGUGGUAAAGCAGCCAUGUUCUACGCCUCCCUUUGUCUAUUAGCAGUUGGUUCUGGUGGAGUUAAGGGGUCUCUUCCAGCACUUGGUGCCGACCAGUUUGAUCGCAAGGACCAGAAAGGAGAGAAGCUUCUUGCAAGCUAUUUUAAUUGGUACUUACUCAGUACAACGAUUGGAUCCAUGGUUGGAGUUACAGUCGUUGUGUGGGUUAGCAUGAACAGAGAUUGGUACUGGGGUUUCCUCAUUGGCACUGUCACUGCUGUUGUUGGAUUCAUCUUUCUUGCCAUUGGGAAUCCCUUCUACUGUUUCCAACCCUUGGGAAGUAGCCCUAUAGUGAAGAUUGCACAAGUUAUAGUGGUUGCAAUUAGAAACAGAAGGUUGUCAAUACCAACUAGUCCAGAUGAACUGUACGAGAUCGAUGAUGAAGAUAGAGAUCCAUCUGAAGAAAAAAUUCCACAUACAAGCCAAUUUAGGUCGCUCGAUAAAGCUGCUAUUCUUCUCGAGGGCAUGACUCCAAAGCCAUGGAAAGCCUGCACAGUUACCCAAGUUGAAGAAGUCAAGAUAUUAACAAGAAUGCUGCCCAUUAUUGGAAGUACAAUCAUAAUGAACACAUGCAUGGCACAGUUGCAAACAUUCUCAGUGCACCAAGGCUACUUCAUGGAUCCCUAUAUUUGCUCAUUCAAGUUCCCAACAUCAUCAAUACCAGUGAUACCACUCUUCUUCAUGUCACUCCUCAUACCCAUCUACGAGUUCCUCGUGGUCCCUUUUGCUCGGAAGAUCACCGGCCAUCCAUCAGGCAUUACGCAGCUUCAACGUGUUGGAGUGGGGCUUGUUCUCUCCAUUAUUUCAAUGGCAGUAGCCGCCAUGGUUGAAGUGAAGAGAAGGAACCAUGCCCACAAAAACCCAUUACAGCCCUUAAGUCUGUUCUGGCUUUCCUUCCAAUAUGGCAUUUUUGGAAUUGCAGACAUGUUCACGAUUGUGGGAUUGCUGGAGUUCUUCUACAAGGAAGCUCCCUCGGGAAUGAGAUCGCUAUCUACUUCCUUCACCUUUUUAUCCCUAUCAUUUGGCUACUUCUUGAGCAGUAUAUUUGUGGACCUCAUUAACUCAAUCACCAAGAAGAUUACUCCAAGUAAACAAGGGUGGCUACAUGGAAACAACUUGAAUGAUAACAACUUGGAUCUUUUUUACUGGUUCCUUGCUAUCCUUAGCACCCUCAACCUUGCAAUCUAUCUUUAUUGUGCUUCAUGGUACAAGUACAAGGAAGACAGUACUGCAGAGUUUGGGAUCAAGUCUAAGACACAGAAUGGAGAUAAAUGAUUCAGGGAAGAAGAAUUUGGUGGCAAUUGCAACACAGAGAACCAGAAUAUAAGCAUUUGAAUUCCUUUGUUUAAUAAUACAAUGGAUUGUGAUCUUUUAA